AAGAUCGAAAAAAAAUCUUCAAGGAAGCAGAUCCGAGUUAUUUACCUUAGAUGUAACUGAUUGUUGAUAAAUAUGUCGGACAGCAGCGACCACGAGGAGAAUGAGACAAGUAAAACCAUAAUUAAAUUGGCUCAUUCGAAGCGAAAUGUGAAUAAAAGACGUCUCAUAGUUGUAUUAGAAAAUUCGUCAUUGGAAAUAGUAAAGAUUGGGAAACAAUAUGAACUUUUAAAUUGUGAUAAACAUCGACAUUUAGGAAAAAAAUUCAAAAAGGAUAUGUCAACAUGCAGACCAGACAUCACUCACCAAUGUUUACUGAUGUUGAUGGAUAGUCCACUUAACCGUGCUAAUCUUCUUCAAGUUUAUGUCCAUACAGAAAAGAAUGUUCUGAUUGAAAUAAAUCCACAGACUAGAAUUCCUCGCACUUUUGAGAGAUUUAGUGGGCUGAUGGUUCAGCUUCUUCACAGACUUAGUGUGCAUGCAUCAGAUGGACCACAGAAACUACUGAAGGUUAUAAAGAAUCCUAUAAAUGACCAUUUGCCUGUAGGAUGUACAAAGCUGACCAUGUCAUACAGUGCUCCAUUAUGCAAAGAUGUGAAGACAUUAGUGCCAGAAAAGGAUCCCAUUGUGUUCGUGAUAGGUGCAAUGGCUCACGGGAGUGUAAGUUCAUGUCACUGCAAUUUCAUUUUUUGUUAAUUUCAUCGUCAUCAUCAUUUAAUGCCUGUUCUCCAUGCUGCCAUGUGUUGGACAGCUGGACUGGAGCUGGCAAACCAGACGGCUACACCAGGCCUUGGUCGUCUGUUUUGGCGUGGUUUCUAUGGCUGAAUGCCCUUCCUAAUGCCAACCACUUUCUGGAGUGUAACUGGGUGUUCUACAUGUGGCGCUGGCACGGAUGCUUUCUUAAGUGGCGCCUAAUUUUCAAAGAUACAAGUCAUUGUAGAAGUCAGCAUAACUCUGUGAUUAAGAUUUCUUUGCAGCCAUAUGGUUUCUGGUUCAGUUCUAUUAUGUGGCACCUUGGGCAAGUGUCUUUCACUAUACCACUAAGCUGGCCAAAGCUUUGUGAGUGAAUUUGGUAAAUGGAGACUGGAAGACCAUCCAAUGGAGCAGAAGUGUAUAGAAAAUUGUUGAUUACCUCAGUCCUGUGACAUAGCUAGUGUAUGUGCCACUCAGACUGACUGAGUUUGCUUAUACAGCAAACCUGAAAGUGCCACCCCAAUAGAAGCAUCAUUUGAAAGUGGGCUGUCUCAACCUCGGAGCUUCCACCCCAGCUGUGUUACUGUGUAUGGCCAAGUAUUUUGAGAUCGCACCUUAUCACUGCAUUCUAGUUUUCUCCUGGCACAAACAUUCUCUAUAGUGAGCCCAAGCACUCACAUCAUCCAUUCCCAUCAUAUAACCAUAUGACAUUUGUCAGUGAUGGCGUGAGCCAGCAAAGUGUUAUCUAUCUGCUCAUCAUCAUCAUUUAAUAUCCAUUUUCUAUGCUGGCAUGGGUUGGACAGUCUGACUGGCAAACCAGAGGGCUACACCAGGACCCGGUCUGUUUUCCAUACUGGCCAACUGGAGAGUUACGCCAGGCUACAAUUGUCUCUUUUGGCAUGUUUCCUUUGAUUGGAUGCCCUUCCUAACACCAACCACAUUUCAGGCUGUACUGGCUGCUUUAUGUGUGACACCAGCACAGGUGAUUUUUACGUGAUACAAUCGUAUUAUUGAAAUUUCAUAUGUAUGAGAUAAUUCAUAAUUAACUCAAAACAAUCAUCAUCGUUGUUUAAUGUCCACUUUCCAUGCUGGCAUGGGUUGGAUAGUUUGACUGAGGGCUGGCAACCCAGAAGGCUGCUCCAGGCUCCAAUCCAAUCUGGAUGCCCUUCCUAACACCAACCACUCCAAGAAUGUAGUGGGUGCUUUUUGCAUGCCACCGGCACAAGGGCCACUCAGGUGGUACUGGCAUCAACCAUGGUUGAAUGAUGCUUUUUACGGGCCACUAGCACAGGGUCAGUCAGCCGGCACUGGCAUCAACCACACUAGAAUGGUGCUUUUUAUGUGCCACCAGCACGGGAGCCAGUCAGGCAGUACUGGCAUUGACCAUGCUGGAAUGGUGCUUUUUACGUGCCACUGGCACUGAUGCCAAUCACUUGCCUCAACAGGUCUUUGCAAGCGUAGUUUAUUGUCUAAUGAUUGAAGGGUACUCUUAAAUGGACUGGUUAUGCUGCACUGGCAUAGGCCACGGUUACAGUCUCACUUGGCUUGCUGGAUCUUCUCAAGCACUGCAUAUCUCCAAAGGUCUCGGUCACUUGCCAUCGACUCAGUGAGGCCCAAUGUUCGAAGGUUGUGCUAGAAUAAUCUGAAUGCUGAAGGGUUGAUUGUUUAUUAUUUAGUGUCAAAAUUAUUGCUGCGCGGUUACUGGCAUACUUCCACUGCAACUCAGUGGAACCAUAUCAGUGACCAAAUCACAUUUGAUGCAACAAAAAUUUCAAUACCAAAUAAUAAAGGAUAGGUUGAAGUCAAGUCUUUGUAUUUUGAAUGGCUAUUAUAUAAAAAGCACCCAGUACAUUGUAAAGUGGCUGGCAUUAGAAAGGGCAUCCAGCCAUAGAAACCAAGCCAUAACAGAUAAUUGGAGCCUGGUGCAUCUCACCAGCUGGCCAGCUCCUAUCUAACCUUCUCACUCAUACCUGCAUGGAGAACAGAGGUUAAAUGAGGAUGAUGUGUCUACCAUAUUGUAAUUGAUUUUAUAUUACAACCAGUAUGCUCCGAUGGAUGUGUAAUGUCAAUGUGAAUACCCGUCAGAGUGUAAGUAUCUUGAGAGAAAAGCUGAACAUUAGAAGCAUCAGUUGUGGCGUGCAAGAGAGACGAUUGCGCUGGUAUGGACAUGUGGUGAGAAUGGAGGAGGAUAGCUGCGUGAAAAAGUGCCACACCCUAACAGUUGAGGGAACCCGUGGAAGAGGUAGGCCCAGGAAGACCUGGGCUGAGGUGGUGAGGCAAGACCUUCGUACAUUGGGCCUCACCGAGGCGAUGACUACGGACCGAGACCUUUGGA